UUCUUGCUCCCAAUUUGGCCACUUGCAUUAACAGUGAUGCUGGUGAUGUGGGCUAAGUCUAAGACCUUCUCGGUCUCAUUCUACAACCUCAGAGGCCGCUUGCACCACACUUGGGCUGUACCUCGCUUCGGUUUUCAGUAUUUCUCGCCAUUUGCUAGAGAGGGCAUCAAUAAGCACAUAGAGGAGGCAAUUCUCAGGGCCGAUAGGUUUAGCCUUGCUGCAUUGAAUAAGAUCGGGCUCUGCGAAAGCUCUUUCUUUACUCGCUGCGACGGCUUGCAACUUCGACUGAACAGACAAAGCCUCAAAACCCUAGCCAUGUCGCUGGUAGCGAAUGAAGAGUUCCAGCACAUUCUGCGAGUGCAGAACACGAACGUGGAUGGGAAACAGAAGAUCAUGUUUGCAAUGACAUCCAUCAAAGGUAUCGGCCGUCGUUUCACCAACAUCGUCUGCAAGAAAGCCGAUGUCGACAUGAACAAGAGGGCUGGUGAACUCUCAAAUCAAGAAAUUGGUAGAGUGGAUCACAUGGGUUUUGCUUCCUUGUUAGUGUUUUUUUUUUUUUUUUGUGCUUCAAACUACACUAUUCCCUUCAGGUGAAAAUGGCCACAGUUGAGGUUGUGUUAGCUGCAUCAGCACUCUCAGAGGAGAUCACUAAAGAGGAGCCAACCAAGGCUGAAGAGACAACAACCACAGAAGAGGCAGUGGCUCCACCACCACCAACAGCGGCUGAGCCACCAGCAGAAGAAGAGAAGGUAACAGAAACAGCCGCCGCACCAGAGGAA